GUUAACGCGUUUUUUCUCCUUUGAAUCUUACGCAUGCGCUUCACCUACCAGCGACAAUUCAAGAAGACUGGAUCACGAGCGUAGAAGAUUCUAAUCCUAAAGCUUCUUAUUAUAUAUGCUGAAUUCCCAAUUUCGCUUGAAUAAUUCCGGGCCCUUCCAGGUCGGCUGGUGGUAUUAUCUCCCCCGGUUUCUUGCUCGACUCUUUGCAAAGAUCCAGAGAUUUUGCCGUAACUUUGUACCAAUGGGUUGGGGAAACAUUUACAGAAGACGCAUGAAAGUCUUCACUGUAGCUCUUGUCAUUUAUUUCGAUUAUAAGGCUGUUCAGCAACGGGAAAAGUGGACUAAGAAGUCCAAAGUUCCCACCUUGUGGGAAAAGGCUCACGAGCGUAAUGCCAAGAGAGUUCUGAGUUUGAUAGUGGAGUUGGAAGGUCUAUGGGUGAAACUUGGGCAGUACUUGUCAACUCGAGCUGACGUCCUUCCUCAGGCUUAUAUAUCACUUCUCAAGCAGUUGCAGGACUCCCUUCCGCCUCGCCCCUUGAAGGAGGUUUGUCAUACAAUAGAAAGUGAGCUGGGCCAUUCCAUGGAUGUUCUGUUCAUGGAUUUUGUUGACGAACCUCUGGCAACUGCUUCUAUAGCCCAAGUUCAUCGUGCGACUCUAGCUAAUGGGCAGGACGUGGUUGUUAAAGUUCAACAUGAUGGCAUUAGAACAAUUAUCUUGGAGGACUUAAAAAAUGCAAAAUCAAUUGUUGAUUGGAUUGCUUGGGCAGAACCACAGUAUGAUUUUAAUCCCAUGAUAGAUGAAUGGUGCAAGGAAGCUCCAAAGGAACUUGACUUCAAUAUUGAAGCUGAGAAUACUAGAACCGUGUCCAAGAAUCUAGGGUGCAGGAAGACAAUUGAUGAAGUUAGAAGUGGCAAUCAAGUUGACGUCUUAAUUCCGGAAGUGAUUCAGUCAAGUGAGAGUGUCCUCAUAUUGGAGUACAUGGAUGGAAUUCGGUUGAACGAUACAGAAGCUUUGGAUGCUUUUGGUGUAGAUAAACAAAAGAUUUGCGAAGAAAUCACUUGUGCAUAUGCCCACCAAAUAUAUGUUGAUGGUUUUUUCAAUGGUGACCCUCAUCCAGGAAAUUUCCUUGUCAGCAAGGAAGCGCCACAUCGUCCUAUUCUACUUGAUUUUGGGCUUACAAAGAAACUCUCAAGCUCUGUGAAACAAGCGCUAGCAAAAAUGUUCCUGGCAUCGGCUGAGGGAGACCAAGUGGCGCUUUUGUCUGCCUUUGCAGAAAUGGGAUUGAAGCUGAGACUUGACAUUCCGGACCAGGCAAUGAAUGUGGCGACUCUUUUCUUCCGUUCUUCUACGCCUGCGAAUGAAGCUUAUCAAACACUGAAAUCGCUGAACGAUGAAAGAACAAAAAACAUGAAAGUUAUACAGGAGAAGAUGCAACUAAGCCAGAAAGAAGUAAAACGCUUCAAUCCUGUAGAUGCCUUUCCUGGCGAUAUUGUCAUUUUUGCGAGAGUUAUUAAUCUUCUUAGAGGACUGUCGUCCACUAUGAAUGUCCGAGUGGUUUAUCUGGACAUCAUGAGACCAUUUGCCGAAUCUGUUCUCUUGGGGAGUAUAAGUCGAGGACCAGCUGUUGGUGCUCACUGGCUACAUGACUCGCCAAUUCAUUCCGCUGUAGAAGCCAAACUGAGGAAGCUGUUAGUUGAACUAGGGAGUGUCCAGAAAAUACUCGGAAUUCAGGUAUGUGCUUACAAAGAUGGGGAGGUCAUUAUUGACACUGCUGCUGGAGUGCUUGGCAGAUAUGACCCUCGUCCAGUUCAACCCGAUAGCUUAUUUCCUGUUUUCUCUGUAACUAAAGGUGUCACCGCCGGUAUGAUGCAUUGGCUUGUCGACAAAGGAAAACUGCAGCUUGAUCAGAGUGUUGCAAACAUUUGGCCCGGGUUUGGAGUGAAUGGGAAAGGUACCAUAAAGGUCCAUCAUGUGCUCAACCAUACGUCUGGUUUGCACGAUGCCUUUGAUCCCAUCAGAGAAGGAAAUCCUCUCCUUAUAUGUGACUGGGACGAAUGUUUAAAAAGGAUUGCUGAUUCAUCACUUGAAACAGAGUGUGGCAAGGUGCAAAAUUAUCAUUAUCUUACAUUUGGGUGGCUGUGCGGUGGAAUCCUUGAGCAUGCUUCUGGAAAGAAAUUCCAAGAGAUUCUUGAAGAAUCUAUCGUUAAACCCCUCAAGAUUGAUGGAGAACUAUACAUUGGAAUUCCCCCAGGUGUUGAACCUCGGCUUGCCACGUUGAUGGUAGACACGGAUGAACUGAGCAAGCUUUCACUGAUUGUCAAUCAACCUGGGCUUCCUCCCAUGAUGCAGCCUGAGAACAUUUCCCGGAUGGCAACCACCUUGCCCGUCAUAUUUAAUACGCUGGAUGUGCGAAGAGCCAUCAUUCCUGCUGCUAAUUUGCAUUGCUCUGCUCGUGCUCUUGCACGAUACUAUGCAACCCUUGCAGACUCCGGCUUGGUGCCACCAUCACAUUCCUCUUUAUCCAAGCCACAGCUUGGCAGCCAUUCCCACAUCCCCAAGUUGUUUCUUUCCUUAAACGACACAUCAAAAAAGAAGAAAGAAAAGGAAAUGGCAGUCGCUGAAAAGCAUAAACCAAAAGCGAGGAGGCACUAUGAUGAUCGAUCUAUAACGCAUGGUCGCGGCAGGGAGUUGAGCACAGAUAGUUUAACCAGGCUAGUUGAUGGUAGUAGUGCUGGUAAUACUAGCAGUCCUGAUGGCAAAACUGACGACAACCGAGAAAAUGUUGGCAAGAUUUUCAGAAACCCAAGAAUUCAUGAUGCCUUCUUGGGUGUUGGAGAAUACAGUGGCUUAGUGUUGCCUGAGGGGAAGUUUGGGCUUGGUUUUAAGAGGAACCGUUCAAAGAGUGAGUCUCUGACUGGCUUUGGACAUUCAGGGAUGGGAGGAUCAACGGGAUUUUGUGAUGCCGAAAACAGAUUUUCCAUUGCAGUGACACUGAACAAGAUGUCUCUAGGAGGUGUUACAGCCGAUAUUAUCAAGCUGGUAUGCUCAGAGCUAAAUAUCCCAGUGCCGGAAGAUUUCUCCACUUUAAGUGCAAUGGGAUCAGCUCAGGAGAUUAGUACGCCUGUAAUCAACUAAGUUCUGCUAUGUAAAUUUUGCCCAACAUGCAUCACACAGCCGGCAGAAGAAGCUAACAGUGACAAACUGAUAGAAAAUACAAGUGUAAACGUACAAGAGUAUUGUCGUUUGCUUUCUUUAAGGGUACUUUUUAAGCAGGUGAUUCGAGUACUUAAACUCUUGAGAGAGUGUAAUAUCUUGUCCUGUACACACAGUUUACUGUACCUUUGGUUCAGCAGUAAAUUAUAUAUAUUUACACAAAAACAGAACCUUUUUUC